UUCAACGGCGAACACAGAAACUAAUGAGAUUUUACGCAAAGGUCCUCAUUUUAGAUGACGUAGACGUCAAUAUUAACAAGUGUGAGCGGUGUUAAGGUUUUCUGAGAGCAGACUUUUUGUAGUUUGUUUUAUUAUUGUGUUUCAAAGUGAAAGAAAAUGGGGAAAGCGGAAUUCCUAUCUCCAAAAGCCAUCGGCAACAGGAUAAAAUCUAAAGGGUUACAGAAAUUAAGAUGGUAUUGUCAGAUGUGUCAGAAACAGUGUAGAGAUGAGAAUGGGUUCAAGUGCCACUGCAUGGCCGAAUCUCACCAGAGACAACUAUUGCUUGCUUCAGAGAAUCCUGACCAGUUUAUGGACUACUUUUCAGAGGAGUUCAAGAAUGAAUUUUUAGAGCUGAUUAGAAGAAGAUUUGGAACAAAGAGGGUACACAACAAUAUUGUGUAUAACGAGUACAUCAGUGACAGAGAACAUGUCCAUAUGAAUUCUACACAGUGGGAAACACUGACGGAUUUCACUAAAUGGUUGGGCAAAGAAGGUUACUGUAAAGUGGAUGAAACACCCAAGGGUUGGUACGUACAGUAUAUAGACAGGGACCCCGAGACCAUUGCAAGGCAGCAAGAACUUGAGAAAAAGAAAAAACAGGACUUGGAUGAUGAAGAGAGGAGUGCAAAAUUCAUCGAGGAGCAAGUUCGGAGAGGAAAGGAAGGAAAAGAAGGGGAAACAUCAUUUUUCACAGAAUUAAAAAGAGAAAACGAAGAAGAAAAAGUUGCAUUCAGUUUAAACAAGGGACCAAGUACAUCCGCUGCAACUUCUUCAAAGUCAAGUACUUCUCUUGGUCCCAGUGCACUGCAGGCUGCAACUGCAUCAGUGAAACGAAAGGAAGCGAGCCACAGUUCUGAGUCUAAGGAAAAAAAGAAGAAAUCUGCCCUGGAUGAAAUCAUAGAAAUGGAAGAACAAAAAAAGAAAACAUCCAGGACAGACUAUUGGCUGCAUCCUAAUAUUGUUGUGAAAGUAUUAACCAAGAGGCUGGGUGAUAACUAUUACAAGAAGAAAGGACUAAUAAAGGAUGUCCAGGAGAAGUACACAGCGAUUAUAAAGAUGGUGGAUUCUGGUGACAAACUGAAAAUUGAUCAGGCUCAUCUGGAGACGGUCAUUCCAGCACCAGGAAAACGAGUACUGGUGUUAAAUGGUGCUUUCAGGGGAAGUGAAGCCAUCCUCGAUUCUAUAGAUGAAAAGAAGUUUACUGCCUUAAUAACUCUUGAUUCUGGGCGCCUAAAAGGACGGAAAGUUGAUGUCCCGUAUGAAGAUAUUUCCAAGCUGGCUUGACUAAUAAGUUUCACAUAUUUUCUGAAAGACCUAGACACCAUGUUGCUAUCUUAGCUUUUCAGGACAAUAAACUCUACUAUGUCAGGGUUAUCCUUAUUUUAACUGAAUAAUGCUUAAAAUUGAACUCUUAAAAGUUUAAUUUUUCUGUUAUCACUAUGUAAAAUUUUCCCAUGUGUUAUACCGCAAUACAGAUCUGUAUUGCUUGUGACAUGAAAAAGAAUAGUGCUUUAUUUACAUUUCUCAUAUAUUAGUUUUUUUCCCCAAAUACUUAAUGAAAUGUUUUCUGUCGCCUACUCAAUGGUGUUUGGGUUACAAAUAGUCAAGAUCCGAAUCUUUGAUUAAAAUGUUUUCUGAUUUAAUAUAAUUCUUGCACUUCAGCUCCUCCUUUUCUGCCAUAGCCUCAGUUCAGAGCACUGCACCAACCCUUAUUUCAUAUUCCAUGUAUUUCUUGAGAAAUUAAUACAUAUUUCAAAUUGUUCUAGUACUAGUUGCUGAUGUUUAUUUGAUUUAUUCUAAGUUUGACUUUCGUCUGGUCGAUAUUGUGUGGGUGCAAAAGUUUUCACCAGUCUUGUUAUGUUCUUUAAAGAGUUAUAGCUAACAAAUCUAGUAUGGUACCAGAUAUAAUUUUAUGAAAAUAAAAAUGCAUGUUUUCUGUAACAUGCGCAUAUAGGACCUUUGCUAUGACCCCUUAAUAUAAUAUAUACUGGAAUCCCUCAAAGUCGUCCCAGAAGACACAUGGCCCCUCUAUACAGCUGGUCAAUAAUGUUGGGUUUGACUGUAUGUUCCAAUAGAUAACUUCUAUUACUUAAAGGGAUCCUAAUCACUCAAUCCAAACAUACACAUUGUAGAGGUAAGUUGAGAAAAAAAUUCAAACCAGAGACAGUAUAUCUUGUAUUAAACUAUAAAUUGCAUAAUACAAUCUAUAUAUUUUAAACCAACUUUCAAAAAUAUAAUAUUGUUGAAUCAGGUUUGGAAUGAACUGAGG